CUCGAGCUCAAGUUGAGCCGCUUUAGUGCACACGACUUUGGCGGGCGAGGGUCCCGCCGCUCGCCCGGCAAUGCCCCCCGCGGGCGGCAGGCGGGGCCGGCCCAAGGGCGAAGGAGUUGUCGGCGAGUCGCCAGCGUCCGGCGGCUGGGUCAAGAAGGCAGACGGAGCUGGCGAUGGUGACCACGGUGGCGAGGAGCACCGGCCCAAAGGCAAGAGCUCUGGCAAGUCCAAGGGCUCCCGGCAGGAGGCCCCCGUGGGCGCCCGGGCGAGCCCCCCCGACGAGGGCGCCGAGGCCAGCGGCAAGGGCAAGGGCAAGGGCGAGGGCAGAGCGCCGCAGACGCCGCCGCGCCUGCGCGACCGGGCGGGGCGGAGCCGCUGGGCGGCCACGGCCGCGGCCGCGGCCGCGCGCGCGGGCUCGCAGGGCCGCGGGGCGCGGGCGCGGCACGAGCGCGAGAUUGCGCUGGCCAGAGCGGUAGCCAAGUUGCACGAGGACCACGAGGAGGAGUUGGCGCGGCUCAGGGACGAGCAUGAGCAGGAGGUGCAGCAGCUGAAGGCCGAGAUCGACCGCCUGUCGUGGCCGCCGUCGCCGACCGACGCGCCUGGCGCGCGGGCUCUUCCGGCGCCUGAGGAACUCGCUGGGGCGGCGAGGCAGGCCGCCGCAGCGCGGGCCCUCUCCGACGCUGCCUGGGAGCUGGCCUCGGAGGAGACUCGCCCGGCGCCCACGGCCGCGAGGGGCGGCUUUGGGAGGCCACCGCGCUGCCGGGCUGGCCGGUGGUCGCCGCUCUGGCGCUGGCGGGCGCCUGCGCGCUGGUGCGGUGGUGCAGGAGACGCCUCGCCCUCCGUGAGGGUGCACGUCCCGUGCCUCUCGCGCUGGAAGCAGUCUGGAGCCUGCGGGUGGUGCUCCUCCCCUCGUCUGCAGAGCUGCGGCCUGGCGCAGACCUGUUGGACGGCCAGGACGACUGGGCGGCCCUGGCGGAGAGUAGAAGGCCUUGUUCCCGGUGCGAUCGAAACGGUCAGGAUCCGCACGCGACGGUUCUGA